CUCGCUGUUCUUGCUCUCGGCCGGCUGUACUGCUGCUGCUCCUUGCGCUCUCCGCCCUCUACGGUCUUCCAAAUCGCCCCGCCGCCGCGGCCUCCUUGCUGCCUGCGUCCGCUUCCCAGCUCCGUCUCCUACUCGUCUUCCCCGCUCCCACCUCCGAGCUGCCCUCGAGGAUGGAGGAGCCGCCGCCGCAGUACAAGUUCGGGCCGUACAAGAUCGACGCGAGGGAGGUCUUCCACGCCACGCCCCUCUCCUACGCCAUGGUCAACCUCCGCCCCCUCCUCCCUGGUCAUGUCCUCGUGUGCCCCAAACGCGAGGUGAAACGAUUUGCUGAUCUAAGUUCUGAUGAGACUAGUGAUUUGUGGGUAACUGCAAAAGAAGUUGGUGCAAAGCUCGAGCAGUACCACAAAGCUUCUUCCAUCACAUUCGCAAUUCAGGAUGGUCCUCAGGCUGGCCAAACAGUUGCCCAUGUCCACAUCCACGUCAUCCCCAGGAAGAAAGGAGAUUUUGAGAAAAACGAUGAAAUAUAUGAUGCGAUUGACGUGAAAGAGAAGGAAAUGAAGGAGAAGCUUGACCUGGACGUUGAAAGAAAAGAUAGAAGCAUGGAAGAAAUGGCUCAUGAGGCCACCGAGUACCGCGCUCUUUUCUCCUAGCCAGAUAAAUGUAUUUCUGAUGAACUCUCUAAUUUUCAUCCGUUGCCACUCUUGCCUAAAAUAAGCCUUGCGACUGCUUGUCCUUGAUUGCGCGGUGUGGUUCUUAUUCUCCACGGACCUGGUAGCGUCCAGUCCAAAUCUGAUGUGGAGGUAUCGCUUCGUCGUAAGAAUAUAUCGCACAUCUGAUGUAGUGGUGUCGGGAGAUCUUGUUCGUCGUAAGAAUAUAUCGCACUGGCCAUUCUCCCUUGCGUGCCAA